CCUGCAUCUCUGAAGGAAACAAAACCUGAGUGCAGGGCGGUACCCUGGUCAGUGCAUCUUCAGGAGAGCUUUAGUACAGUCACACUUAGUAAAAAUGCGUGUGCUUGCCGCCCUCAUCCUCGUUUUGGCUGCUGCCGCAACCAACGGCCAGCGAAUCUCAACAAUCCAGCUGGACGGCACACAAUAUUUUAUCUCGAGGCUGAAUCCUUACGCUCCGGAGCUCAACUACUUCCUGGCUUAUCAGUACUGCCGGUCUCUGGGACUGCAGCUCACCUCGUUUGAGACAAAAGAAAAGGCUGAUACGCUCUCGCAGUACAUGAAGAAUGCCGGACUCAAUAAGUACGAGUACUGGACCUCCGGGAACAAGCUGGGCACCACAAUGCUCUUGUGGAUGAGCACCGGUCUGCCAUUCAACGCUACCUUCAACUAUUUGAGCCACGAGACCGACAUCGAGCAGGCUGACCCCUCUAUCAACGCCGCUCGCCACCUUAGGGAUGUGAGUGUUCUGGGCAAGAGCUGCAUGUCUCUGAGUGGUCAUGAUCUGCAAUGGACCCUCAGCGACUGCGGCGCUGUCAAGGACUUCAUCUGCGAGCAGACUAGGUGCUACUAUUACAACUACGGUUCCAUCCCCGUGUCCGCCACACAGGGCAAACCCAUCAUUUCCACUACCAUUUCCACCCCUCCUUCGACCAUCUAUGACCGCCCCACCACCCCCUAUCCCUACAUGCACAACAGCGUGGCGCCUGAAGACGACGAUCCCAAGCUCGAGGCUCUGACUGAGUUGGCCGCUGAAGAAGAACAAGCAGUCGAAGAGGAAGUGACCACAGAGGAAACAGCCGCCGCAGCAGCUGAGACUGAAUACGACAGCAGCAGCAGCGUCAACGAAGAGAAUCUCGAAGUAUCGUCGCCAGAGGACUCGGAGAGCGAUCCUGAACAGCAACAGCAGCCCAUGCAGCCCAAAAGACUUGAAGAUCUCUUUCCUUUUGAGAGAACCAGGCCCAUAAGUUGGAAUAGAAGCUAGACUAAUUUUCUGAUAUCUUGUGCUAUAAUACGAAUCUCAUAUUCAAACGAAGGAAUAAAACGCAUCUUGUGGCUUUCAGUACCAUCACUUAAUUUAAGAAUAAAGCUCUCAAUUUAAACGCUUGA